AUGGCUGGAGGCAAGGACGAACAGACGAAGCAUAUUCAGUAUCUACAAGAACAGAAACAACACGACAGCUAUUAUGUGGGCCUAAGGCGAAUGCCAUUGUACAAGGUUCAGAAGGGCAAAGAGAUUGGUGUCGGGUUCCACACCAAGAACAUCCCCGUGAGAACCUCCACCACCAUCAAGACCAUUACGUCUUGUCUCCCAGAAGUCACCAGCCGUCCGCUCUCCUGCCCACCUGGAGGCUGCCAUGUUGAUUCUCCGUCUCCAAUCACGACAUGGAAGCAUCGCUCUACCCCGUCAUCCGAGCCCGAUGGUAGGUAUGAAUUGUAA